UACAAAUCCCCCCCUCGUCGGCUUCCGUACUUUCCCCCACGGUACGGAAGUGUCCUGACUAGCCCAGCUUGAGCUGCCGCUGUUUAGUGUCGGGCGCUGCUAGGCUAACGGGGCUUUUCCGCGUCCUUGUUUUCCUUCGACGAGGCGGUGUCAGCGUUGAUAUCGAGCGGCCAGAAGGCGACUAUUAUGUGAGCUCGGCGGCCAAUCGUGGGUGCACCGUGCGAACUGUUUUCUCGAGUCAUCUAUAUGGGCCAUCUUCUCUCGAAAAAUGGUUACCGUCUGAAGAAGAAGACACGCAAGCAGCAUCACAAAAAGAAGAAGAAGAGGAACUGCUUCCUGCAGGGGCCUUGCAUGCUGUGCUUCAUCAUCCACAGCGGCAGCGGCAGCAGCGGUCUCAGCGAGGACAGCGACCCUUUGGAGGCCGGCGUCAACGGCAGCGGCUGCUGUCACAACAGCGUCACCGGCAUCACCGUCCCGGGCGUCGGCGCGGUCGGGAUCAGCGCGGCGGCUGCGGCGGCCUCCAAGCUCGCCGAGCGGUACGCCACCCUCGCGUCUCCCGAGGACUGCUCCAAGUUCCUGCUCUCCCCGCCGGAGUUAGCGAUUUGGGAGGGGCAGGGGAGGAGCCUGUUGGCGGCUGUCCCGGCAAAACUCAUCACGCCGCCGGCUCUUUUUCGGACUGGCGUUUCUGUGACUGUGCCCAUUCCCGUAACUGUGCCUGUGCCUGUGCCUGUGCCUGGCUGCAGCAGUGACCACACCGAGAUGGUAUGUAAGAGGAAGUGUUCCGAGGUCCAGAGAUGCACCCCUUGCAACAAGCAGCCCCGCUGUGCCUUUUCUGACCCCGACGGUAGCUUAGAGAAUGGAGGAGUGGGUGGAAGCGUCGCAGAGGCGUCUUCGAACUCCCAAACCGGCCACUGCCACCUUCCCAUCUGCCCGCUGCCUUCCUCCUCCUCCUCUUCUCCAUCCUCCUCCUCUUCCUCGACAGCGGACGACGGCUGCUGCGGUCCGGCUCUCCAGGUCGACCCGACCCACCCCUCGGACUCGUCCCCCACCAGCCUGCAGCGCUGCGAUGACUGCCAGGCCAAAGCCUCUGACGCUGCUGACCCUUUAAGUAUCAACCACCUGCCUUCUUCUAUCCUCCUCAAGGUUCUCUCACACUUGACGGUGAAGGAACGUUGCUUGUGUGCCUCUUUAGUCUGCAAGUACUGGAGGGACCUCUGCUUAGAUUUCCAGUUCUGGAAGCAAAUUGACCUCAGUGGCCUUCACCAAGUAAACGAUGAUCUCCUGGCGAAAAUAGCCUCUCGGAGGCAGAAUGUGACGGAGAUAAACAUCUCGGACUGCAGGGGCGUCCACGACCACGGCGUUUUCUCCCUGGCCUCUCAGUGUCCUGGCCUGCAGAAGUACACGGCGUACAGAUGCAAGCAGCUCGGGGACAUAUCGCUGGCCGCCUUGGCCGCACAUUGCCCUCAGCUGGUGAAAGUGCACGUGGGCAACCAGGACAGGCUGACGGACCGGGCGCUGAUGAAGCUCGGAGAGUGCUGCGGCGAGCUGAAGGACGUUCACCUGGGCCAGUGCUACGGAAUCAGCGAUGAAGGGAUGGUGGCUUUGGCCAAGGGAUGCCCCAAACUGCAGAAAUUAUACUUGCAGGAGAACAAACUGGUCACCGACCAGGCGGUGCGAGCGGUUGCCGAGCAUUGCCCCGAGCUGCAGUUUGUUGGUUUCAUGGGGUGCCCCGUGACGUCCCAGGGCGUCAUCCAUCUCACUGCUCUCCGCAACCUGACCGUCCUGGACCUGCGGCACAUCUCGGAGCUGAACAAUGAGACGGUAAUGGAGGUCGUGAGGAAGUGUCGCAACCUCAGCUCCCUCAACCUCUGCCUCAACUGGAGCAUCAAUGACAGGUGCGUGGAAAUCAUCGCCAAGGAGGGGAGGAGCCUGAAGGAGUUGUAUCUGGUCUCCUGUAAAAUCACCGACCACGCUCUGAUAGCCAUAGGCCAAUAUAGCAGCACCAUAGAGACGGUGGAUGCCGGCUGGUGUAAGGACAUCACAGACCAGGGCGCCAUGCAAAUCGCAGAGAGCAGCAAGUCACUGCGCUACCUGGGCCUCAUGAGAUGUGACAAGGUGAACGAGGAGACAGUGGAGAGGCUGGUGGUCCAGUACCCUCACAUUGUUUUCAGCACGGUGAUGCAGGACUGCAAGAGAACCCUGGAGAGAGCUUAUCAGAUGGGCUGGAGCCCCAGCGCUUCCAACGCCUCCUAGCUGUAGCUGGAUGAUACAUGUACACACGUAAACACACACACACACACACACACACAUUUAUGAACAAAAAGACCAUUUUUAUUGCAAACAUUUACAUAGUGCACCAUAUUGUCAGCUCAGUCCUAUUUGCUUUUCAUUUGCUGUUCAAACAUGCAUGUGAACACGCACACAUUGUUGACUUUUCCUUAAUCGAUUCAAGAAUUGAAUGAAAACUUGCUACGUAGCGUCAUCAUCGAUGCAAAAAAAAAAAAAAAUCAACGCCCAACUAGUUGAGAAGCUCAAGCUCGACUCCACGGGGCUGACUCAACGAACCGAAGUACGGAACCUUUGCACAUUUAAGGUUGGGGCGGAGUGGCUGCAAAGAUGAACGAUAAAGACGGCGGCCGUGAAAGGAACAAUCGUCCCGCCAAAUUGCUUUCCUUGUGCCUGCCCACGCGUUCACUUCCUCCGAGGCGACGCCCACUUCGGUGGAGGCCCGGCGGGCCGAGGAAACGCUCGGCGGCAGCCAAGACGACCACCGCAACGACGACUUGGUCCUCGGGCUCUGAGCCCCUUGAGGCUUUUUGACAAGUGUGCGAUGUUUAUCUUGACUUUUUUUUUUGCUCGUGCCGUUAUCGUGUGAAGGGAUUUGUGGAUUUCUGUGUGUAUAGAUCGUUGUCGAGGCUACAUAUAAACGUUGUCCUGGUACGGCGCACGCCAGAUUGGGUUGUGUCCCAAUCCUCCUUCCCUCCCAGCUGAUUGAAUUGCAGGAAACCACAUUGAUUAUUUCUCCAAAAGGGCACGGUCAGAUCCAGAUUGUCAUCUUGACUGUCUGAAAAGGAUCUAAAAAUGGACCGAACCUCUCGGCGUGACGUGGGAAGAAAGAUUUUGUUUUACUCACAAGUUGAACAAGCAGGAGAAAACGUAUUGGCGUAUCAUAUUUGAAGGUUACGGUGGAACCACUAAUUCCAAACAAGCCAUUGCAAAACGGUUUCAGUUCUGAGUGGGGAAAAAAAAAAAAAAUAAGAAACUCGCCUGAAUCUGUUCCAGGGUGUAUCAGUAUGAUAAUCCUUAUUAACUCUGCGGGCAGUAUUCAAAUUGUAUGUUUUUAAAAGCAAAAAAAGCGUAACCUAUAUUAAUUGGAGGGAUCAAGAAACAAAUUAAUCGAGCAGAAUAAGUGGGAUGAAGAAACAAAUGCAGGGAUGACACCAGCAAAGAGAAACGUGCCUCUUAUGGUCAUUGAAGUCUCAAAGUUGUCCAUGGCUGAGGACAAGACCAGGGUGUACGCCGCCUCUCGCCAAAACUCAGACGGGGAAGCUCAUCUGCGGCCCCGGUGAAGAAAAUCGCUACAAAACCGAAUGAAUGGCUAAUUAUUUCCCCAGAUGGAGUGGAAUGUCAAUUCUUAGUUAUCGAUUGAAUCUAAAAUGAUAAAAAUUAACAUGAACUGGUGACAAAUGACAGAAGAUUACAGCGAUGAGGUUGCCAAGUAAUUUUACUGAACUUCCAGGACAAACGUGUGUCUGAGCAUAAAUAAUGCAAAUUUUGGGUUCUCUCCUUUAUCAUCACUGGUACUCUCCACGAUAAAAGCUGAAGGGAGAGCAAACUACACCUGGCAGUCUGGAAUUCUUCAGAUGUUCACAGAGCAAAUAUCGAAACGUCGGUUUAAUUAUGAAUUGUUGGACUUGAGAGGCUCCACUCUCUACACACCAAAAGCACCAUGAAGGAAAUGCCUUAGUAACCAAAUGCCAGCCAGUGAAGUCAGUUGACCCAGAAAUGAUUCAAUAAAUAUUUCAUUUUUUCAUUAUGAACCGAUAUAUUCAUGUACAUGGAAUUUUUCAAAUGAGCAUUAUAUCGGGUUUGAGCAAAAUGUUAGCUAUGUAGCAAUCCAGUGAGGGAUUUCCUUUGAGCAUUAAAGGAAAAUCGUUGGUAGUGGGGGUGGGGGGUGGGGGGUGCUUUGGUGUUCAUCAAACAAGUGCAAUGUGGAGUUCAGAGUGCAGACAAGGAGGCCAUUUUUGUUCCUGGCUGUGAACCGCCAUCGGCCUCCGUCUCCUCACAAACUAGUCGACGGCAGAUUAUUUUCUUUUUCGGAGUCUGAUCGUGUACAGUACAACAUAGUUUGAAUGCAGCAACACUUUGUACAGUGUAAGAAGAUUUCACACACCUAAGAAGUUGAUUUUCCCCUUGUCAGGAUUUGUAGACCUAUAGCAGACCCAGGCCCACCCGCCAGCCCGCCCGCCUGCUCCCGCUGUCUGUUUUUGUUCUUUUGUAAUCCCAAACUGCACUUUCUCCUUCGCUAGAUGUUGACAUACUUGAUUCUUGAUUUGUUAAGGCAAGCGUAAAUGACUGGAUUUGCAUAAAGAUGAAUAAAACACUACAACAUAAA